AUGUCGAGCUCGUCAUUCGUCCGCCAGGCGAGUCACGCUGGCUCAUGGUACUCAGAUUCGAAGGCGCGGCUCAGUUCACAGCUUGAUGGUUGGCUCGAUGCUGUCAAUCCGCCAGUGACUUGCAUCGGACCUCAAUCAGACGGCCAGACCCAGACAGAGCUGCCUGUCAGCGGAGCCAGAAUGAUCAUUGCACCGCAUGCUGGCUACUCCUACUCUGGACCAGCUGCUGCCUGGGCUUAUAAGUCUUGGGAUGUGUCCAAAACUAAGAAGGUCUUCUUGCUUGGUCCUUCACACCACCAUCACCUCUCGAAAGCCGCUUUGUCCAGAUGUACCGAAUACGCGACUCCCAUCGGCAAUCUGACUGUCGACCGAAAACUCACUGCAGCGCUUCACGAGACUGGUCAAUUCGAGUGGAUGUCACAAUCCGUGGACGAGGACGAGCACAGCCUGGAGAUGCACUUGCCUUACAUCUACAAACGUCUAUCGCAAACCUUUGGCACGGAUCCUGCCAACUUCCCUCCAUUGGUACCUAUCAUGGUUGGCAACACAUCUGCAUCAACUGAAAAGUCCCUCGGCCGGAUCCUAUCGCCCUAUCUUGCUGACCCGGGCAAUGCCUUUGUCAUCUCUUCUGAUUUUGCUCACUGGGGCUCGCGUUUCAGGUACACCUACUACCGGCCUUCAGCUGGAUCUGCAAUCAAUCUGACCUCGUCAGCGAAGUCACCCAAAGAUCCCGCUAUCCAUGAAUCGAUAAAGGCCGUUGACUUCGAAUGCAUGGGCGCCUGCGAGAGUGGAAGCCACGAGACCUGGAUCGACACUCUUGAGGAGACGGGCAACACUGUCUGUGGCCGCCAUCCUAUCGGUGUCAUGAUGGCUGCAGUCGAGAAGCUACGAAAGGAUCGAAAUGAGCAGGAUCUGGGCACUUUCAAGUUUGUGCAGUACGACCGGAGCAGUCUAGUCAGUCGAGUCGGUGAUAGCAGCGUCAGCUACGCAAGCGCAUAUGCUGUGGUGUAG